UUUAUCAAGACUACCACUCCGAUCACCAAGAGGGAUUGCCUCCUUAUAGAUAUACUCCUUUAUAUUCAUUUGUCAUAUGAAUAUAAUCUCCAUGCAAAGGCAUUACCAUUUUAUCAUAGUGAGUAUAAAUUCACUUAUGAAGGUAUCUCUAGGGCAUGUCCUUUCACGAGAGGGAGAGAUUGA